AUGGCAGCAACCAAAUGGGUGUGUUCCUUGCUUUUCUUUGUUUAUCUGAGCUUGGGGCUCUGCUCCGCUCAUAGAAUUCUUAAAGAUUCAAUGGAUAGCGCAGAUAGUUCCAACCAUGCUGCAGAACCUGCCGUCUUGCCCGGGAAAGAUGAUGUCAUCUCAGGAGGUGCUGGCGAUGCUGUUGUCAACCAUGUGAAUGGAUGUGGUUCUGGUGGCCCCAGCUAUGGCUCCGGACGUGGCAGUGGCCCUGGCUAUGGAAGCGGUCAGGGCUCUGGUUUUGGUGGUUGCCGACCUUGCGAUUGCGGUACGGGAACCGGUGGCGGUGGCAGUGGCAGUGGCUCUGGCUCGGGCGGUGGAGUAGGGCCAGGUUUUGGAAGCGGCGGUGGAUCUGGCUUUGGUUCAGGAGGUGGCAUGGGGCCUGGUGGUUACGGAUGUGGCAGUGGUUCCGGCUAUGGGUCAGGAGGUGGCAUGGGAACGGGAUCUGGUACUGGUUACGGAAGUGGCAGUGGUUCGGGCUACGGGUCAGGAGGUGACAUGGGAAUGGGAUCUGGUUACGGAAGCGGCUCGGGCUCUGGCUAUGGUUCUGGAGGUAGCAUGGGGCCGGGUUAUGGUAGUGGCAGCGGUUCCGGAUGCGGUUCAGGAGGUGGUGUUAGUCCCGGUUUUGGGAGCGGUAGUGGCGCAGGCCAUGGUUUUGGAGGUGGUGGGCCUGGUGGCGGAUCUGGAUUCUGGUACGGAGGCGGUUGCAUGCCUCGUUGGGUUUUCGAUCCGCCUUCUUAUGCCCUCCAACCCGGCAACGGCUGGAUGUGCGGCGGGAGAAUGCAUCCGGAGGGUGGAUUUCAGACACUUGGGUGCGAGAAACAAAUGGACGGUCAACUUGGAAACCAGCAAGAGGCGAUGGCUCCACGCGGGCAAAAUGAAAUCAGCGGCAUGCCGUCUGAUGAGAAUGAGGUGAGCGGUGGGGCCAUCUCUCCAGUUGGAUCUGGGGCUUUUGAUGGAAUCGGCGAGAUGCUGUCUAGGGUCCCACCAAGCAAGCCUCCUAGCGAAACCAAGGAUGAACUGAUCCAUCCUCCAGCAGCUUUCUUUCGUGGGUCAGUGGAAGGCGAGGAUGGUAUUAUGCCAUGA